AUGUCGGUCUGCGAGACGAAUCCCGACAAGCUCCGAAAGUUAAACGAUGAAGCAAGAGCCAAGCCAAAUAAGGAUUUGGGUUUCUAUCCUGCAGCGUCAGAUGCUCUUGACGCUUGGUUAGGUCGAAUUUUUUCGCCAAAGGAAAUGUAUGAAUCAGGCAAGGGAUACCCUUACACUUACAAGCCCGGUGGUAAUUACCUCGGAAGGCCCAUCUUCUCUACUGAUAUACAUCUUGGGACCACAUGGGGAACUAACCUACAUCCUUUCCGUCCAAAAUUUUGUCAAAUUAUGGAACGAGAUUAUCUUAGGUUCAGAGCUUCCUUUUAUGUAUACUUUUAUAGGUGUCUAAGUAGAGUCGGUGUUCAAAAUUCUGACAAAAUGUGUCGCAUAUACUGGGAGGAUCUGAUUGAAUGCACGACAAAUGAUAAAUCCAAAAAGCGGUUCUUAUACAUGGAGAAGGUUCGAAAUCAAAAGAAACUUCCACCAAUGGAACUCCCACCUCUCAGCUCUAUUCGGCGCCCGAACUAA